AUGCAUCCAACUACUCUUUUCAUGGGUCUGACAGCCCUCUUCUCUGUCACUUCAGCAAUUCCAGUUGCACACGAGAAUCCCACACCCACUCCUUCCAUGUCCAAGGUGCUUCUAUCCCCAUCUUCCUCCGCCUCCGCCUCGGCGUCGCCCACUCCUUCGAUAAACCCCUUCGAGGCGUAUACAUGCCCCCCAAAGAAGCAAAAAGGCUGUUGUACGGGACUGCAACAAGCCAGCAAAGACAUCAUCUCGCCACUCGGUAACCUGGUCCCCAUCGUUGGCGGCCUCCAGAUAAGCUCGGCCAUUACCUUCCAGUGCAAGAAAAUGGGAGACAAGGAGCCACCAUCAUCCUGCGACGAGAAAGGAUACGCCCCCAUGUGCUGCAAUGAUAUCAACCCCAGCGGAUUCAGCUCCUGCAAGGGCUUCGAGCAGACCAAGAAGAACUUCUAUACCCAGCAUGGUCAGGCUCAGGAGAGCCAGGCUGAUAUGAUAAUGGACAUUGUCACCUAA